ACUAGGAAUCGCGUGUGAUCAGCGCUGCAGUCUGAAUGAAGCUGUAAUUUGAUGCUUGGAAUGUAUUGAAUGCGGAUAUGUCCCUGCCGGUGCCCCGGGCUAUCUAUGCGGGCACACAGUGUGCCAGUCCCCGCACAUAAUAAAGCCCUGUGUUCUCUCUACCAGUCUUUACACCCCAUUGUUUUUAAUCCUGGGCUCCUGGCACGAAAAGCGUUAAGUCUCACUUGGCUUCACGCCUUGUUUACAGCCGCCCCUCCGUAGCCACGCCCCAUAUUCGCGCCCGUUGCUCUUUCUAUUGGUUACUGGAGAUGGCCGCGUUUGCUAUUGGUCAGGCAGCAGCAGUGGCGGCCCACGUGAUUGGUUGCUGUACGUACAGUAAGUGUGGAGCGGCGUUUGCCUCCACCAACAUGGCCGUUGCUGCUGUGCGGCUUCUGCUAGUGGCCGGAUUAGGGGUAUCGCAGGCGGCGUCGCCGGUAGGAGAGGCCGGGGACCAGGCCCAGGUGUUAGGGCUGCGGCUGGAGGAUGGCAGCGGAGUGUCUAUGAGCGGAGGCGUCAUCAGGGCUCGUCCCGGCUCUCUUUUCCGUCUCCGUCUGUAUGGCUCAGGUUUGCGCAAUGAUACCUGGCCCUGGCUGUCCAUUGGGGCCCCUGGGGGCCAGAGCUGCAGCCCUGCAGUGGAGUCUCCCCUCCAUCUGCUGGAUGAGUAUGUGGUGUGCAGUGAGCACUCGGGCCUGGUCACCGUGAAGGCUCAGGAUGGGGUGACAGGGGGCAGAGGACUGAUGUACCCCCUGUGUAUCCGCCAGGGGGCAGAGUGGAGCCUCUAUCCAUUGGGGGACACAGUGGUCACAGUGGCGGAGGAUGAAGAAGAGGAGAAGCCGCCGUGGGUGAGGGCCGAGCAGUGUGCCCCCUUCUCACCCAGUUCACGGCUUCAGACGCUGGGCUAUAGGUCCAAGCAGCAGGACUAUCUGGAUGUGUGGUUAUUGGCCCUCCUCAUAGUCCUGUGUAUACUGCUGUCCGGCCUCCUGCGGGGUCUACAGCUCAGCACCCUCAUCCUAGAACCUCCAGAACUGGGCAUCCUCAAAGACUGGGGCGCCCCCUCCGAGCGAUCUGUUGCCACCCGGCUGGAUUAUCUCAGGACUCGAUGGGGCGGCUACACACUCAUUUCCCUUUUGGCCUUGUGCUGUAUCACCAAUGCUGCCGUAGCCGUCCUACUGAACCGUGCCAUAGACUCCAUAGCUGGUGCCAUCUUUUCAGCAGCUGGACUGCUCUUAUUUGCCGGAGAGGCCUUGCCCGCUGCCAUUACGUCAGUCUGGGGUCCUUGGUUGGCCUCCAAGUGUCUAUGGCUGACCCACUUCUUUCUGCUUCUGCCGGCACCUGUUUCUUAUCCCCUAUCCUGGCUCCUGGAGAAAGUCUUUGGGCAGGACCCAAGCUGCUGUCGCCUGAGAUUACGGAACUUGGAACUGGCCCGAUGUGGGGAUCCAUAUAGCGAACUGGUGCGGGAUGAAUUCAGCAAGGGAGCGUUGAGAAACAGGACGGUGGAAGACAUAUUGACACCUGUGAGCGAGUGUUUUAUGCUAGCUAGUGAUGCCCUCCUGGACUUUAACACCAUGUCCAGUAUCAUGGAGAGCGGCUACACCCGUAUCCCUGUAUAUGAGAACGAGCGCUCAAACAUUGUGGACAUCCUGUACCUGAAAGACCUGGCCUUUGUGGACCCAGAAGACUGCACCCCCCUGAGCACCAUCACGCGGUUCUACAGUCACCCGGUCCAUUUUGUGUUUAGUGACACCAAGCUGGACGCUGUGCUGGAGGAGUUCAAGAAGGGCAAGUCCCACUUGGCCAUUGUGCAGAAGGUGAACAAUGAAGGAGAAGGAGACCCGUUCUAUGAGGUGAUGGGGCUGGUCACUCUGGAGGAUGUCAUAGAAGAGAUAAUAAAAUCGGAGAUCCUGGAUGAAUCAGAAGACUGCAAGCAGAAUGUAAAGAAGAAGCGUCCCAAAGCGCAGCCUAUCCCGAUGCCUCGCAGUGGGGAUGACCUGUCAUUUUUCAAGACCUCUGAUACAGAACAGAAAGUCAAGUUGUCACCCCAACUCUUAUUGGCGACUCAGCGCUUCUUAUCACAAGAAGUGGAACUCUUCAGCACCUCCCGAGUGUCCGAAAAGGUCCUCCUGCAUCUAUUGAAGCUCCCAGGGGUCACACAGGAGGUGAAGUUUGAUGACAGUGACCGCUUAGCUCCUGAACACUACCUGUACCUGCGAAGCCAGCCUGUGGAUUACUUUAUUCUCAUUCUGCAGGGCAGAGUACAGGUGGAAAUUGGGAAGGAAGGUCUGAGGUUUGAGAAUGGGGCAUUUACCUACUAUGGUGUAUCUGCACUGAGCCACUGCCUUCUAGGUCACCAAUCGCCUACCAAUGGCCAAGAAGAGUCCCCAGAUUCCGGCUUUUAUUGUCCAGACUAUUCCGUGAGAGCCUUAUCUGACCUUCAGAUAAUCAAGGUCUCACGGCUGCAGUAUCUGAAUGCCCUUCGCACCUCACAUUCACACACCAGUGCCCAGUCUCCAGACAGCAUAGAACUGAAGAUCUUUCCGAACAGCCAAACUCAGCUACUGAACGACAGGAAUGUUGGCUCCGGUACAGAAACAAAGGAAGUAACGCAAGAUGCUGGGAGGCUGAGUGGUGGCGUACAGCGGCGAGCAGAGGUCUCACCCUAACCAACCCUUACCUCACAGAGAAGCCUGGGAUCAGCUGCUACCAGAGACUCCAUACUGGAGAGGACAGUGUCUCACUGGUGCCAUUUUAUUCUUAUACAAUGAACUAGAUCGCUUGAAGAAAGCAUUAACAUAGUGGAUUUCCCUGGCAGGUCACAGGGACAUCACCUCCUCCGCGGCUGAUUCCUGAUGCUCUUCCGUCCGCGGAGCGGUUGUAUAUAGACUGGUAGUGUUAAAGCAGCCCUGCUGCCACAUCUCCUGUAGAGGGGAAGCCUGAAGAUUGUGGAGGUGUAGGGCAGUGGUCUUCAACCUGCGGACCUCCAGAUGUUGCAAAACUACAACUCCCCGCAUGCCCGGACAGCAACAUCUGGAGG